GGAGAGAAGGAGGGAGAUGAUGUUUUAGGCUCUGUGGGGUACUACUGAAAAGUUGUUAGGAGGCCAGCUGACCUCUCUUCUGAAUCUCAUUUGACAGUCGCUGGGUGAGAGGACUCCCGUGUGAUUAAAACUAUUUUGAGGAGACUUCAACUUGUAGCUAAAGAUUGGCCUUGUCUUUUAAUAAUUGGCCUGGAUUUCUUAUGUGGUCUCUGUGGUUUGUUAGGUGGGUAAUGUUGAUCAUUUAGAUUUACAUUUGGCAGAUGGCUCAUUUAAGAGGGGACGGGUCCGUGCAGUGUUGACCUAUAUAUACUGAACAAUGUAGGAACAUUUCUACGUUCAGCAUUUGCCUUGGUUUGAAAAGAAUGUACUACUAUAUUUCCAGACAGAAUUCAGAUGCUCUCAGGAGCUCGUGCAAAAGCACAUUUCUGUCCCAGUGUGUUUGUCUGCUCUACCUCUAUGCCAUAGAAUGACUCUGGAAACCCACAUUCUUAUUUACUCUGUGGUAAAAGAACGUGAGGACCCUACUGUCCCUUGCUCCAUGAUAUCUCCAUGUUGUUGUUGUUGUUGUUGUUGUCCUCAUUGUGGGGAAUAACAGGGACAUGUGCAUCUAUGCCAUGUUAUGCAGACGCGCACAUGUACACACACACACCUUGUUAUUUUUAGUAUGACUUUGCUAUUGAUUACUGCAUUGUUGGGGUUCGAGCUUGCAAGAAAGACAUAUCACUGUGCAUGUGACAUUAAAACUUGAAACAGACACACAGAGGCGAGGUAUGUGUGUGUUCUGUGUACACGGUGCAGGGCCAGGCACAUAAUCUACUGCAAACAGCCAGAGUGGCAGACGGGGCAAAAACAAGCCCAAAGGUUACCUCCUAUCCCUUUACCCUCUAGUCUACGCCUUCCCCUGGCUGUAGUGGAUGGGGCUGCCUGGAGGUGUGGAGAGGGGAUCCAGUACACCGUGGGAAACAGAGCCACUGGGUGGAACAGGAAGGUGGGAUGUAUAAGGGAUCCACUUCAAAGCAACAGCAGCUGUGUUUUAACAACCCUGAUGAACUGACAUGGUGGAAACAUCUAGUACAGUAGGUUAGAGCAGGACUGACUGUAGGCACCAGACAAUGGGUGCUGAUAGGCAGGCGUUUUCUUUGAUUCUAUAGUGGGACUUGACAGUAAUAUGCAUACGUGCAUCUUUCAUGCUUCUAUACAUGUAUAACUCUGUUGUAUACAUUGGUGAAAGUCAUCCAGUAAAAUAUUAUUAUGAGUAAAUGUCUUAAAGUAUUUGGUUUAAUAUAUAUUUAAUUGUGCACGUUGCAGAAAUCACUUCGCCAUUUCCUCAUUGCUAAAAUUCUUUGUUGUGCCAUCCUAACCGCUGUGAAAUGUAUUUUCAAUUACAAAAAAUAUUGUUUGAAGCUGGUGUACAAAACCGGAAGUAAAAUACGCAAAAAUGAAAUUUAAGAAUAUGGAGCAUAGAAAUAGCGCACAUACUGCUUCUUAGACUUGCUUUCACUGAGAAUGACAGACCGAUAACUGAUAUUUCUAUGUGAAUUUGGUCCGUAGCCCAAAAAGUUACAUAUUGCAGCUUUAAGUAUCAAAUUGUAAAUCUAAUUGCUGAAAUAUACUUGACUUCAACAGGAUCGGUGUCCCGUCCACGGGACGGUUGAGCAAACGUAGGCUAAUGCGAUUAGCAUGAGGUUGUAAGUAACAACAAUAUAUUCCAGGACAUAGACAUAUCUGAUAUUGGCAGAAAGCUUCAAUUCUUGUUAAUCUAACUUCGCUGUCCAAUUUACUGUCGCUAUUAUAGUGAAAGAAUACCAUGCUAUUGUUUGAGGAGAGUGCACAAUUUUGAACAUGAAAGUUAUUAAUAAACAAAUUAGGCACAUUUGGGCAGUCUUGAUACAACAUUUUGAACAGAAAUGCAAUGGUUCAUUGGAUCAGUCUAAAACUGUGCACAUGCACUGAUGGCAUCUAGUGGCCAAAAUCUAAAUUGCACCUGGGCUGGAAAAAUACAUUAUGGCCUUUCUCUUGCAUUUCAGAGAUGAUGGUACAAAAAAAUACAAAAGAACGGUUGUUUUUUUCUUUGUAUUAUAUUUUACUAUAUAUAUUGUGUUAUAUUCUACUACAUUCCUUUCACAUUUUCAUAAACUUAAAGUUGUUUCCUUUCAAAUGGUACCAAGAAUAAGCAUAUCCUUGAUUCAGGUCCUGAGCUACAGGCAGUUAGAUUUGGGUAUGUCAUUUUAGGAGAAAAUUGAGAGAAAAAAAGUCUAAUCCUGUAUCAAAAGUAAAAAUACAAAUCAUUUCAAAUUCCUUAUUUUAAUCAAACCAGACGGCACCAUUUUCUUGUUUUUAUUUAUUUAAGGAUAGCCAGGGACACACUCCAACACGCAGACAUAAUUUAGAAAUGAAGCAUGUGUGUUUAGUUUGUCCGCCAGAGGCAGUAUGGAUGACCAGGGAUGUUCUCUUGAUAAGUGCGUGAACUGGACCAUUUUCCUGUCCUUUCCUGUCCUGUAAUGAGUACUUUUGGGUGCUAAGGAAAGUGUAUGGAGUAAAACGUUAUUUUCUUUAGGAAUGUAGUGAAAAGUAAAAGUUGUCAAUUUUUUAAAUUGUAAAGUACAGGUACCCCCAAAUACUUCAGUAGUACUUAAGUACUUUACACAUGGGUACUAUACUAUGUUAUUACUUUGUUGUUGCACAUUUCUAGUACAUCAAUGCAGUUCUUUAUCUCGCAAUGUGAUCUACUGUUGGUGUUGACAUGCCUGCCUGUAGCCCCCGUGGUUGUUAGUCAGUCAGUCAGUCAGACAGUCACACUCUAGCACAUCUACAGUACAUUUGCAGUGUGUCUCUCUGCACCUCCCCAGCGCUCCAGCUCUCCCCUUGAGUUCUUAGUGCCUAGCUAGCUAGAGAUCCCUGGGAGCGUGGCCCAGUUUCACGGUACCAGUAUUAGCUUGGAGAGAGGCUAUUACUGUCUCUAAUGUGAGCCAGGAGAAGUGGGAAUAACACGAAGACCUGAGAUAAUUGCAGCGCCAAAGACCCUCCAGCCCCCUCUACACGGACACAAGUACGCACACACACCCGUCUCUGCCUGGCAGAUAGGGAACAUGGGAGGGAACAGAAGUAUUUUCUGGAUGGAUGGGAUUAGAGAGCAUCUCCCGUAGAGGGAUGUUGCCCUUUUUGAAGCAGAUUGCCCUGUCAGGGUUAGGGCUAUGUUUAAUGAAGAGAGGAACACACAUAACGUCUUCCACUGCCGCUGGUGGGUGGGCGAUUAGCUCUGUAGCCGGGGUAUGUUAUGCAGAGUUAGGAGUGGUGGGAGAGGGUUUGAGGGUUAAAUGCAGGAGACAAAGAGAUGAGACAAGGAGAGCAGACAAUGCUGGGCCUCUCUGUCUCUCUGUCUCUCUGUCUCUCUCUCUUUCCUUGAUCCCCUCUUGCCCCUUCACCUCUUUGCAGUACUAGUUGUUCUCCCAGCAGGUUGUUUGUUUUCCUGGGGUAGCUAGCCUGGGGGCAGGGGGCCUGACGACACCCAGCCGUGUGGUGAACAAGCUAACUGAGCUGUGUAGAAUGUGUCCCCUGCCUGCCCUUUGUGGCUGUGUGGCUGUGUUGUCUUCCCUGUGCCGAAUGGGGACUCUGAUACUGGCCUUUGCUGUAGCCUUCAGCCCCUUAGGCCCAGUGUAUGAACUAAUAAUCACAGAAGCAAUGUGAUAGAUGGUCGUGGCCAGAGAGCUGCCAUGUGUGUAACCUCCUUAUCACUGCCUCAGCCUAAGUCACGUUUCAGCAGCCUCACAUGUGCUUGGCUCUCAAUAACACGUAUAGACUCAUGGCAUAGGAUUAUAGAAUGGAAUUUACACAAACAAGUAGGCUAUUCAACUACUGAAAUAUUGAGAUGGUUUGAAUGGAUUGUAGGAUGGUCUGUUAAGCAAAAUUACAUUUUACUGUAGUUUUCAUCACUAUAGUGUAGUUUAUUCCUCCCAAGAAUUGUGAGAUUUGUAAAUCAGAAGGGGAUUUUUACUGUCAUCAUCUUUUAAAACCAAACAAUUUAAAGUAAUUAUUCUGCCACAGUACAUUAACAUGUUGAGAAUGGAGGGCCAUAUCUCUGUAGUACACUAAUCCAGCCAGAAAGUGGCAAUGUAGAGUUGUGAAUUCAGAUCCCUCUCCCAGUUCUCACUGACCAGUGUUCACAGCCCUGUCAUAGAUUUCCACCCAGCCUGGCCCAGCGUAGUUCACUCAAGUUGUAUUGAAACCAGACAUGCAUAAUAAAUGGUAUCAUUAGGCUUGCAAAUAUUUGCCAGCGCUCCUAAAAAACGAGUCCCUUUUCUCACAUAUGUUGGCAUGGCACCCCUAUUCGGCUUUAACCUCACAUAGUUAUAAGCCAAAUGGCGAUGGACACUAGAAACAGAGCAAUCAAAUACAUUCCACUGCUCUAUGAUGAUUUUAUGCCUUUCCAAAACAGCUUUUUAUUUGAGGUAGUGUGCUGACCUCAGACUGGUGACUGGGUUGUCGAGAGAAAAGCUGUGCCAGAGGUAGAGUUGAAUGUUUUUCACCACAUCAAACAACCCAAUUGUACUUCACACUAGAGCUAGCUCUUCAUCUGGAUAGAGCAUGGUUUCAUGCAGCCCUACUCUGGAAUAUUAAAAUCAUGCCCAUUACAACACCUAUAACCUUUUAUGGUGCCUUGUUAAAGAUCACCUUCUGUUUUUAGAUGAAUCACAAUGGCUGCUAAGCCUGUCACCCAGAUAGCCCUAAAAAAAUACACACUAAUCAGCAACAGGAUUUUAGAAAAAGAUUGUUCACAUUCCUUGAGGUCUGCCUUUUUUUAUUUUUACAAUCAAUUUCCUGAUCUCGCUCAGUGAGGAAUGCAGAGAUAUCCGGUGUCAGGGGGACGCGAUGGAGGGGGUUGCACAUGGUCCCCUCUCUCUCUCUCUCUCUCUCUCUCUCUCUCUCUCUCUCUCUCUCUCUCUCUCUCUCUCUCCCAUCCUGCUGAAGAGAUAGGAGAGGGGAGAAGAAGUUCUGUCUAGAAUGCCUUCAGAGCCACUUCCAGAAGCUUCGCCACGAGGAGACAAUAACACUCUAACCAGCCUCAGCUUGAGGACAUGUUUUAAUUUUUUUAUGGCUGGAAAACCCACAUGAUCAGGUGCACGGAGAGGGCCUUUGGAUACUGGCAGAGAGAGGGGCCAAAGACAUGAAGAACCGGCUUGCUUUCCUGAGGAGGAGGAAUGAGUCUCCCGGAAGCAACCCAGCUGGAAAAUUCGACAAGUCCUUGAAGUCAGUAAAGCCCACCCCGGAGGAGGCACUCAAAUGGGGGGAAUCUCUGGACAAGCUGCUGGCCCAUAAAUAUGGCCUGGCAGCAUUCAGAGCUUUCCUGCGCACAGAGUUCAGCGAAGAGAAUCUGGAAUUCUGGCUAGCAUGCGAGGAUUACAAAAAGAUUAAAUCGCAAUCCAAGAUGGCGUCCAAAGCCAAGAAAGUAUUUGCUGAAUACAUCGCCAUCCAGUCUUGUAAAGAGGUGAACUUGGACUCGUACACCCGAGAGCACACCAAGGACAACCUUCAGAAUGUGACGCGUUCCUGCUUCGACCUGGCCCAGCGCAGGAUAUAUGGCCUGAUGGAGAAGGACUCAUACCCCCGCUUCCUCCGCUCAGAGCUCUACAUGGACUUAGUCAACCAGAAGAAGGCCAGCACCACGUCCACCUCCUCAUCGUCGUAAACACACCGAGAGAGAAAGUGAGAGACAACGACGAAAGAGAGAAAACAUUGACUUGAAAGCAGGGGUGUUGAUUUUUUUUAUACGUUCGCUGUUUUGUUUUGUUUUUGCCAUCUUCCUGUCCCACUAUAAUUUGGGUGUGAGAGAGACAGAAAGCUAGGCUGUGGCAUUGAGGGGGAUGUUGCUUACACAACGACCAUGAUGACGGACCGAUGGUGGAUGGAUGAAGGGAUGGAGAGGAGAGCCCAGUCAGGACAGCUGGUCAAGUCGUGGCUGCUGGACGCUUCUCUGAUCACUCUCAUUGAUAAUUGAUCACUGUCUGUCAUAACGAUAUACGUUGGUUUGUCCGGACGUAAUGUAGAAAGGAUGGGGUGCUGAAACCUCCGCAGACAUGAAGACAGUCCGGUACUGUUUUGGCGCUUUUGUUGAUAUUUUCCUUCUUUUUGUUUUACACCCCCCAUUCUCCUCCUCCAUUAGAGUUCAAAUGCUGUUGGUACGACGCAAAGGUUUGUUUUGUCCUAGAUUCUCAAUGUCUCACAAUGACCAUUUCUAAACGGGCUGCGAGAAAAAGGAGAAACGUGAUAGCUGGAUCAUUGUCUGGAUGACUGGACGAAAGGCCACUUUUUGUUUGGUUUUGCAUCUUUUUUUCUGUUCACGGUGAAACACAACUCUCUCAAGCACAGUCAGCAUCUGUUCUGUUCAGCAUUCUCUCACAGGGUCUCACCUUGUCGCAUUCAUCCAAAUCAUACAGCAAAAGACACUGAGAAACAGAGGGAAAAGAGAGAGAGAGAAAGAUGGAAAAAUAUCAACAAUGGAACGGACCAAAACUGCAAAAGCAGAGAUGUGCCACUCUAACUCGAAAAGACUUGCUGCCUGUUUCCAAAGACCGUCGAAAAAAGAGAAGUAACACUUGACUGUGUUCUGAUAAGCAAUUCAUUGUAGCGCCACCUAGACUCAACGAGGCAGCAUUCUCAGGACAUUAAGGCACUUGACUAUGAAGCUUCCAAGCUUGAUUUUUAUUGUUAUUCAUUUUUGUUUUUACACAUAACAUGUUUUUGUUUUUUUAUCGUUUUAAGUUCAAACCUGCACUCCAUAAGUAUACUGAGCAAUACUGUUGGGAGGUUGCUCUUUUCAUAGACAUAAAAAAUAAAACAAACGCUUCACCUGUACAAAGGUCUGCCUAUUUAUUUAGAUAUCUUGCUGGAUGCUUCACCCAUUGCACUCAGAUGAAAGCUCUCCCUUCCCCUAACAACAAACCAGGUCCACCGCUGUCCUGGCUUUAAGUGCAAUAUGUUUUUGUUUAUUUUCCUUUUUUUCCAUUUUUAUCCGAAAGACAAUGUCUUGAGCUCUGUAUUAUACACUUUAUUUGUAAGAGUUGUGCUGCAAAAUUCUGCUAUAAAGUUGAUUUACAGUUUAAGUAAUUAAUCAAGAAUAGAUACAUGCAUUUAAGCAAGUCAUUCUAACUGUGUACCCUGGCAGCAGGCAGCUAGGGGUUAAGGAUGUACAUAUAAUUCUUUAAGAAAAUAAAGAAAAAAAACAGAAAAAAACAAGAGGUUUCACUUGUGUUGAGCUGGAACCUGGCUGUAUCUAUGUAAAUAUGAGAGACUCAAAGCUAUAAGAUGACAUGUAUUGUUAUAGAAAUGAGGAAGGGUGGCUACGGUCUGCCCUUUCCUGGUCAUACACUGCUUGUCAGGAGUUUUCUGAAAUGUAUUUGAUCAUUUUCAUUGUUUACAAUUCAAACGCAUCUCCCAAGAUAGCAAGCGAAAAAGACAAUAGAAAUACAUUUGGUGUUAUUGCUGAAAAUAAAUAAAAUAACCAACUGGUGAAAUGAUAAAUAA